CCCAGAUGGUCUCUGUUACCCACUGGCCAGCCAGCAGGCAGCCUCCCUCAGCGAAGGAUGACUGGGAAGUCAGGCCGCUCACUGGGACGGAGCAAGAGACCAGCCAAGGGCGUGGGAUGGAGACCCCAGCUCUGCGGACCCGCAAGCUGGCCAGCCAGCCAGUGUACAACUGGCAAGUGUGUUCCCUGCCAGACACCACUGGGCAGACCAGAGCAGGAGCCCUGCCCCGCAGGAGCUCAAGCCACCCUUGGAACACGUCAUUAGCCGAGCCCAGUGCCUCUUUCCUGGGUGCCACCUGCCCAGGACUGUGUGGCAGCAGCUGCAUGAAGGUGAAGCCCUGGGAGCGAUGCCCAUCCAGCAGGUCAGCGGUUACACCUCACCCGUGCACCAUGGCCCUGCGCCAGCCUGAGAGACACAUGGCCCUUCUCCGUGGGGUGCAGGGGCUCUCAGAGGGAACACGCGGCACUGAGAUGGUCAGCAAGCACCCAGAAGACCAGUCUUCGCGCUGUGCGACAGCAGUUUCCGUGGCCUCAUUUGGGCCUUGCUGGGCCUCGCUGUCACUUUGCACCCACGCUCACAACAAAAGAAAGUGCCAACUCAGUCAGAGCUCAUGCAAGAAGGUGCCAUUCCUUCCCUCCCGAGCUCACACUCCUUUCAGGCCGGUGUGCCCAGUCCUCCCUUCUUCCAGGUGCCCUGAGAACGGAGCAGAAUCAAGCCCGCCUGUCCACUGGGGAGAGCUGGUGUCUGCGGGGCACCCGCCUUCCUGUCCAGCUGUGCGGUGUGGGCUUCUCUGUGCGGACCCCCCCUCACGGUGCGGGAUAGUCCUCAUAGAAGUCCAAGAAUUCUCUGGCUAAGGCUUUUCUUGGGUGAUUUGUUUCUGUGGCCAGUUUGAAUUGAAUUAUUUUUCUCUUAUAGUUUCCAAGUUAUUUCUGGUAUUAGGAAAAACAUAGAUAGAAUA